CUCUCUCUCUAGAGCUCACACUUUGGUUGUGACAAAACCCUCGCAGCAAAAAUAUCAACCAUGAAUCGCUAAUACAUCCAUUUCACUCACUCGACUCACCAUUGAAUAUUCCUCUCAAGAAACAAUCAUAACUCAAAACUCGCACCAGUAACCAAACGGUAAAUUUUGUUGUUGGGGGUAUAGAGAAUGGUGCUUUUGUUGAAUGGUGGUCUAUCUGAUGGGAAUUCCAGAAAGCGGAAACUGGAAAAUGGCUGUUGCUCGUCUUCUAGUGUUUCGGAGUUCAGGUAUAUGCCCCGGAGGGUUUUGUGCAUUCGUGAUUAUCCUCCGGGGUGUGGGCCAAAUGCUCCGCCGAUUAAUUUGAGGCAAGAGGAAAAUGUGGUGGCAUUGGUUUGUAAGAAGGAGAAUUUGGAGGAUGGUGAAAUGAGGGCUGACGUUGUAGUGUCUGAUUGUGUUCGGGUUGAGUUCCAGUCUCGUGAAGUGUUGAAAAGUCAAAUUCGGCCAGAAAUGGCUGAAUCAUCAGCUGGUUUGGUGGGGAAGGUGGUGGAUACGACGAUGGUUGGUGAGGAUGAGAAAAUUUCAACAAAUAUGGAGGUAGUGGGAGUUGGGUUGCCGAAAAAUUUAGAAUGUCUUUCACCAGAAUUGGUGGAGGAGUUGCUUGAGAUGGCGUAUCAGGCCCUGUUGAAGAGGGAUGAUGCAACAGAAAACGAAGCUGUGUCGGUGGCUAGGGCAAAAAAGUUGUCUCUGCAGCAGCGGUCUAUUGGUAAUGCCAAUGUUUCAGAGGAGACUGUCCUGAAAUCAAAUUAUCUGCGAAGAAGAGUUUUGGUUAUCCGUGAUUACCCUCCAUUUUGUGGAAGGAAUGUUCCAUGCUCAAAUGAGAAAGAGCGCCGGAGGUUUGUUUUGAGAAGCAAGAGUUUUGGUAGCACAGACAGGGCUGCUGCAAAAUGCAGGCCAUUGACGGAGACACUGGGGACUGCAAGGGCUAGCAUCGUAGAAUCAAAAAGGAAUGUUCGAGAUGGGAAUGCUCAGAAGAAUGAAUCGAGAGGAACUGUGCCUGAGCCAAGAAAAAAGUUCCAGGCAGGAAUUAAAAAGAAUACCGUGGAUGUAAGAGAUUCAUUUAGGAAAGUGCCGAAGGAGAUUAUGGUUCACUCAUAUGACAAAAGUCCUAAGCGAAGGGUUUUGGGUGAUCAUGUUGGUUUGGGAUGUGGAGUGGACAGGGUGAUUAGGCAAGGUCUGAUGGCUUCACCAAAUAGUCUGUGGAAGCAGGGGAAAGGGGCUUCAAAAACUAGCCUAGAGGGUGGUAUGAGCCGAAGCAAAUUAAAGAAGCAGGAUUUCACCAGGCGAGAGAAGUCUAGAAUUGUUGUUACGAAAAAUAAGUAUGAAGCAGGUUCUUCGAGAGGAAAUUCUUUGAAGGGGAAAUCAAUGUUUGCUGGGAAGGCAGCUUAUGAAGGCAGAGGUGCACUACCUGUCUGGGAUGAGGAAUAUUUUGUUGUUCAUGAUGAUGAGCAGCACAACGAUUCUCAGCUGCAUGAUUUUGAUGUACGUCUGCCUCGCUGUUAUGGUUCAAGUGCUUCAAAUAGCUGUGAUGCCCGAAGCAAAGUGAGGGAAACACUAUUUCACUUCCAAACAUAUUGUAGGAAGCUCUUACGAAAGGAAGAAGCAAAGUUGAGGCAGAGCAAUAGGAUUGAUAUUGAAGCAAUGGAUAUUGUUAAGAAAAAAGGAAAAGAACUUAACACUUAUAAACAAAUGCUGGGACCAGUUCCAGGAGUUGAGGUGGGCGAUGAGUUCCAGUACAGGGUGGAGCUUGUUCUUGUUGGCGUGCAUCACCUGUACCAGCCUGGUAUAGAUUACAUGACUUCCAGGACUGGAGAGAUAAUUGCAAUUAGUAUUGUUGCUUCAGGGGGUUAUGAUGAUGAUCUGGACAAUGCUGAUGUCUUAAUAUACUCUGGACAAGGAGGAAAUUCAGUAGGUCACAAUAAGCAACCUGAAGACCAGAAACUUGUAAGAGGAAACUUGGCUUUGAAGAACAGUAUAUCGGAGAAGAAUCCAGUGCGAGUGAUCCGUGGAUCUAGAGAGACAAAGGCCUCUGACUCAUCAAAUGCAAGAGCUAAGAUGGUUAUGACAUACACUUACGAUGGCCUGUACAUUGUAAAGAGGUACUGGCAGGAACCCGGACCUCGUGGUAACCUGGUUUAUAAGUUUGAAUUGACAAGAAUUCCAGGCCAACCAGAGCUUGCCUGGAAGGAAGUGAAAAAUUCAAAAAAAUGUAAAAUCCGGAAGGGCCUUUGUGUUGAUGAUAUAUCAGGAGGGAAAGAGCCAUUUCCUAUUUGUGCUGUGAACUCAAUAGACAAUGAGAAACCCCCACCGUUCAGAUACACGACCAGGAUGAUGUAUCCUGACUGGUACCGCCCUAAUCCUCCCAAGGGUUGUGACUGUACCGAUGGAUGCUUGGAUCCUGAAAAAUGCUUGUGUGCAGUAAAGAAUGGGGGAGAGAUCCCAUACAACCAUAAUGGAGCUAUUGUGGAAGUGAAGUCUCUUGUCUAUGAGUGUGGUCCUUCUUGCAAAUGCCCUCCUUCUUGUUGUAACAGAGUCAGCCAGCAUAAAACUAAAAUUCAGCUUGAAAUUUUCAAAACAGAGUUAAGGGGCUGGGGUGUUAGAUCCCUAACUUCUAUUCCUUCUGGAAGUUUUAUAUGUGAGUAUACUGGAGAGCUUCUUGAUGACAAGGAAGCUGAUCAAAGAACCGAUUAUGAUGAGUAUUUGUUUGAUAUUGGGCAUAACAAAAAUGACUGCUCUCUAGGUGAUGGAACUCAAACUCUCAAGCCUGACGCACAAUCAAGUUUUAGCGAGGUUGACGAGGAUGUUGGCUACACCAUCGAUGCAGCACAGUAUGGAAAUGUGGGGAGGUUCAUCAACCACAGUUGCUCUCCUAAUCUUUAUGCUCAGGAUGUCCUUUAUGAUCAUGAUGACAAGCGAAUGCCCCAUAUAAUGCUCUUUGCUGCGGAUAAUAUUCCUGCCUUACAGGAGCUGAGUUACGAUUACAAUUAUACUGUAAAUCAGAUUCGUGAUUCCAGUGGAAAUAUCAAGAAGAAGAUAUGCUAUUGUGGUUCAACAGUGUGUACUGGAAGGAUGUAUUGACGCCAUUUGUAAUAGAUGACGUUUAGUAUCUCGCUGAACAGGGAUCCUUUGUUUCUCAAUUUGAGUUUCUUUCUCAAUACUUAAGGAUGUAUUGACGCCAUUUGUAAUAGAUGAAGUUUAGUAUCUCGCUGAACAGGGAUCCUUUGUUUCUCAAUUUGAGUUUCUUUCUCGAUACUUGACAUCAUUUGCCUUUGCAUGC